AUGCCUUAUACAUCUCUUGCUUGUUUCAUUAGGCUGAGGUCGACCAAUACACGAGCAGCACGUCAUCAGCUUAUAAGGAAUAUAAGUCAUCUCACUUUCAAUACAAUACUGUUUACAACUAUUUGGUGCAUUCUAUCUAUCUAUCUAUCUAUCUAUCUAUCUAUCUAUCUAUCUAUCUAUCUAUUUGUUGUGCUUGUUCGUAUCUAUCUACCUAUCCCAUUCUGUUUCAUAUCUAUCUAUCUAUCUAUCUAUCUAUCUAUCUAUCUAUCUAUCUAUCUAUCUAUCUAUCUAUUCCAUUCUAUUUCAUAUCUAUCUAUCUAUCUAUCUAUCUAUCUAUCUAUCUAUCUUCAGCUUGUUCGUAUCUAUCCAUUCCAUUCUGUUUCAGAUCUAUCUAUCUAUCUAUCUAUCUAUCUAUCUAUCUAUCUAUCUAUCUAUCUAUCUCAUCCUUUUUCAUAUCUAUCUAUCUAUCACAUUUUGUGUUUAUGUCUAUCUAUCUCGUUCUUUUCAUAUCUGUCUCUCUGUCUAUCUAUCUAUAACAUUCUAUUCAUAUCUAUCCAAUUCUUUUCAUAUCUAUCUAUCUAUCUAUCUAUCUAUCUAUCUAUCUCAGUCUGUUUGUAUCUAUCUAUCUAUCUAUCUAUCACUUUCUAA